GCAGCGGUGGCGGCGGCGGCCAUAUUAUCAGUGAGGUGUCAGUAUUUUCCGAGCGCGACGGGAUUUUUGGGUGUGGAUCGCGCGAUUUCCUGCUUACGCUGGCUGCCGCGAGGUAACAUAGCGCGAGCGCGAGUGCCAGGCGAGUGUGAGUCGUGGAUGUGGUGCGGCGCACGUGUCACGGGAUCUCCGGGAGAGUCGCAAGUGAAAAUCAGAGAGGGAUAGUUUCGUUGUUUGGUCAGAGCGAACACAGCUGCCACGAUGCCGAAGCCGAUGAACGUGAGGGUGACGACGAUGGACGCCGAGCUGGAGUUUGCGAUCCAGCACACGACCACGGGCAAGCAGCUGUUCGACCAGGUCGUGAAGACGAUCGGGCUGCGCGAGGUGUGGUUCUUCGGUCUCCAGUACACCGACAACAAGGGUGACCUCACCUGGAUCAAGCUCUACAAGAAGAGUGGACUUUCGUUCUUGUCUAGGGUGGUUCCGUGCGGUCUCCAAAAAAUCUGUCACGUGAUGAACCAGGAGGUCAAGAAGGAGACGCCACUGCAGUUCAAGUUCCGCGCAAAAUUCUAUCCCGAAGACGUCGCCGAGGAAUUGAUACAGGACAUCACGCUUCGACUUUUUUACCUUCAGGUGAAGAAUGCUAUCCUCACCGACGAAAUAUACUGCCCACCGGAAACAUCCGUCCUACUGGCCUCGUAUGCGGUUCAGGCGAGACAUGGAGACUAUCAGAAGGGCAGCCAUCCCACUGGCUUCCUGGCGAACGAUCGCCUGCUGCCGCAGCGCGUCGUCGACCAGCAUAAGAUGAGCAAGGAGGAAUGGGACAGCUCGAUCACAAACUGGUGGCAGGAGCACCGUGGCAUGCUGCGAGAGGACGCCAUGAUGGAGUAUCUUAAAAUUGCUCAGGACUUAGAGAUGUAUGGUGUGAAUUACUUUGAAAUUCGCAACAAGAAGGGCACAGAUCUUUGGUUGGGUGUGGAUGCUUUAGGUCUGAACAUCUACGAGAAGGACGAUAAGCUCACGCCGAAAAUCGGCUUCCCCUGGUCCGAGAUACGGAAUAUCUCGUUCAACGAUAAGAAAUUCAUAAUCAAGCCAAUCGACAAGAAGGCGCCGGACUUUGUCUUUUUCGCCACCAGAGUCAAGAUUAACAAGAGAAUUCUCGCGCUAUGCAUGGGCAAUCACGAGCUCUACAUGCGCAGACGUAAGCCGGACACAAUCGACGUGCAGCAGAUGAAGGCUCAGGCCAGGGACGAAAAGAUCGCGAAACAGCAACAGAGGGAGAAACUGCAAUUGGAGAUAGCCGCACGUGAGCGCGCGGAAAAGAAACAGCAAGAGUACGAGGAGAGGCUAAGAAACAUGGCAGAGGAGAUGGACAGGCGGCAAGCCGAGUUGAACGAGGCCCAGGAAAUGAUUCGGCGCUUGGAGGAGCAGCUGAAGCAAUUGCAAGCCGCCAAGGAGGAGCUGGAGAAUCGUCAGAAGGAAUUGACGGUGAUGAUGGAGAAGCUGGAGCUGUCGAACGAGAUGGAGGCCGCGGAGCGCGCCAAGCUCGAGCAGGAAAUAAGGGCCAAGCAGGAGGAGGUGCAACGCAUACAGUCCGAGGUGGAGGCCAAGGACGCGGAAGCCAGGAGAUUACAGGCCGAGUUCGAAGCCGCCAAGUUGAGACAAGAGGAGGCUGACCGGCAGUACCAGGCCAAUCAGACCCCGCACCAUCAUCAUGUUGAGGAGAACGAGGAAGGCGAGGAGGAAGGUGAGGACGAGGUUCCUCAAGGCGAUGUUACCAAGGACCUCGCGACCGACGAGUCGAUAAUCGAUCCCGUGGAGGAGCGGCGCACCUUAGCGGAGAGAAACGAGCGUCUCCACGAUCAGUUGAAGGCACUGAAGCAAGAUCUCGCCCAGUCACGCGACGAGUCCAAGGAGACGGUGAUGGACAAGAUCCACAGGGAAAACGUGCGCCAGGGCCGCGACAAGUACAAGACGCUUCGCGAAAUCCGCAAAGGCAACACCAAACGCCGCGUUGAUCAGUUCGAGAACAUGUAAAUUAACGCGCGCGUGCAUUUAACCGUUUACCUUUAUCCAUACCUUUUCCCAUCUUUAACUUCUCACCUGACUUCGCGGAAGCGGGGAAUACAGUAAAACGACAAUGAUGAGAUGCGAGAGAAAAAGAGAGAGAGAGAGAGAGAGAGAGCGAGAGAGAAAGAAAGAAAAAAAGAAAAAGCGAAAGUGAUAGAGUGGGAGAGAGAGAGAGAGAGAGAAAGAGAUAACGAGAGGUAUAGAUUCUGCAUUCGAUGUAUAAAUAGAAUCGCUUGUAACGCUUGUAUACUUCCGAUCAAUUCCAUUUCAACUCGAAUCUUUCUCAAUCGCGAAUGACGCCCGCGACUAGUCGCGUGUCGCGAAUUAGUGUGAGUGACAUUUGCCAUUAGCUCGAGAUGACGACUCUAUACCCUCACGCAAAUCGAUAAUCAAAGCUCUCACGGAUCAUUUUUGUUUCUUUGUUUUUGCGAGAAACGUAACGACUCGCACCGUCUUCCACACAUGCUUCCACGUUGAUCGUAUCGAUGCUGCACGAUCUAAUCGGCUCUAAUCGGGAAAAUCGUCGGGCACGUGCGUCAGUUUCCUCGCUGUAUUUUUACGCGGCAGUGUCUUGCCCUCGCGAAGGAACGAUAUUCCUUGCUCUCAACCAUUCUACCAACCGGAGAGUAGCUUCAAACACCGUCCUGAUAAUCUACGGCGCGGUCUGUUACUUUCGCUCCGAGGGCGAGCACGCGUUGAAUUGCCGCGAGAAUUCCAUGGCCGAAUCAGUCCGUUAUCGUUACUCGACUCUUCCUCAGCACGUCGAUGUCCCAAUACCGAGACGCCAAUCAUCUCGCUUCACGUUUAAGUAUUGCUACUACCGGUCAUUAAUCCGUGCGUCGCGACACGCGAUCGUCCGUGCCGUUGGUCACCUAUCUUGUCCUGUUCGUCGCGUAUCAUCCGUCCUCGAUGAUGAUCCGCCCUCGAAAAGCGUCUACAGUGUCUGAACCACCAGCACUGACCGACUAAUUCCUAUCUUGAUGUGUCGCGUCGACGCUCGCGCUUGUUACCCGCGUUAACGGACGAUUUUCUUGCAUUAGUACGCUUAAUUCGAGCCAUAUUUGUAGACAGGCGAGUGCAGUACGUUCGGCAGGUCGUUCGACCGCGAGAGUCAUCCCGACCGCUUAUCCCCCCGCGUGGACUCGCGUGAAACCCGGUAGCGAUCGACGAUUCGUUGUAAGCUACUCUCAAAUACCGGCCAUAGAACAAUCGAGCACGCGGCUUAUAUUGUAGCGAGUUAGAUAGAGAUUUAGGUGUUAAAUCCACCUUUCCGAGUUUCUACUGGGCAGCGACCGUUCCGAGCAAGGGAACUUUGCGGACAUCCGAUUCCCUCGAUCUGUCAGAUCAACGUCUCGCGCUCGAAAUUUCCGGCUAAUUGAUUAAUCCAGUAAAACCUGUUGAGUAAAUAUCAAAGUGGCUCGUCCUACGUUGGAAACGUAAUUUUUUAGCCAGAUUUUGACAAUUAUGCGGAUCCGAAAUUUCAGCCGAGUUCCCAAAGUUACGUCAAUUUUUCGCACGGCGAAUCGUUCGUCGACGUUUGUCGUGUUCGCGAGAGAAUCGCAUGUGCGAGCGUUUCCUUGUGCCUCACACACACACACACGCGCGCGCGCGCGCGCGCGAAUCUUUGUUGCAGCGCAAUUUGUCACACUCCAGGUUAAACAUAAGCAAUUCAACGAUGGCAUGGCCUAUUUACUACUGAUAAAAACUACCGUACCAAACUAUUUUCGUACGCGCGAGUUUUUGAUAAACACAUUAGCGAUUUUAUAUUGAACACACUCGUGGCCUUUACUUGAUAUAAAUAUAUAAAUAUAUAUAUAUAUAUAUGUCGAGGUACUAUAUAGGUAGUACUAAAUGUAACGAUACUGUAGCAGAGCGAAAGACGUAGGGAUGUCGCUGGACGGCUGGUCGUCCUUGCAUGCUCUCGAUGUAAGGGCGAGACCGCGCGCGCGGUACCCGUGAAUGGGUCUAGCAAAGCGAGAUCCUCGCGAAAGAAUGAGGGAACGAGUGCGAGAGAGGGAGAGAAUGUGAUUUUGAGGGAGAUAAUUUAACCGUGUGAAAGGGGGACCGAGAGUGAUAGGGGAAACACGCAACAUUUAUGGCAGUCCGGGAUGGGGGGGGGGAGGGAAAGGAGAAGAAUAUGCCAUUGUAACUUUUAAAAUCUUUUGUCCUUUUAAAUGAAAAAAAUUCUACUCAACGGAAUUAAAGCUCGAACGGAAAAGAAAAACUUGAAGUUAAAACGUGUGACCUCGAGAUGCUGCCAAUUUUUCAUACGAUGAGAGAUACAAAAAGCCAAUACCAAUACGAUGCACCGGACGAGAUGCACGAGAAUACUUUUUCGUGGAAUCGCGAGGUUGACGAUCGUGAACGAUCGCCGAUAAUCGGAGUUUGUAAUACCCUGCUGCAUCGUUAUCACCGGCCACAUUACACGCGUUACAAUAAUAAUAAUAAUAAUAUGCGAAGCGCAGAGAAGAGAGAAAAAAAAGUACAGAAGUAAUAACGAUAGAUAUUUUUUGAUUAUAUUUAAUAUUAAAAAUUUACAAAUUAGCGUUAUUAUAUUAUUAAUAUUAAUGUUUACAAUUUAGUAGCGUUAUUAUUAUUUUAUUAUUAUUAUUAUGCAGAUAAUAUUGAACGAACGAGAACUAAAGCAAAGCAUUUUAUAGUCGUCAAUUUAUACUCUUAAGCUAACGCGGCGCAUGGAUUUAGUCGCACGAGUGUGUCCUACGGUAGAGAAAUAUCGUCGGGUGACUCCGGUGGGCUAGAUAAUAUUUUUCACGUGAAUUAAUUGCAUUUUUCGAAAUUUUUAGAAACAAUUUCUCCAGAAGCGAGAGCGAGGGCCGCGUUUUUCAGAAGUGUGACAGCCAGUGUUGUUUCCAAGUUCUUUUAGCUUCCCGUUCCAUCGAGAGCGCGUAGACCCGCGACUAAAUGAAUGCGCCAAUAUAAAAUGAUAAGAGCAGGUGUUACUAGUUAAAGAGAUCGCACGAUAAUAUUCUAACAAUCGAUGAUGGUGGGCGAGAACACACUCGGGAGUUUCCCUCCCGGCGUUCUUUUGGUGAUUAAAAAAACGCUUUGGCGAAACCGAUGGAUUUUCAUUGAGACAUUCCAGACGAAUUUCCUGUAAAGUGCUUUUUCUUCUCGAUUUGCGUUGGAUUUCUCCAGCUAAUUGAAUUACACGUAGACGCUCAGUUGAAGCUGUCGAACUUCCUUCGCCUGUUCGCAGGACCCCGUGGUAUCCCUUUUUGCAACUUUCCUCGAGUAUUUAACUUUCGGGAUACACUAUUCGAAGAAAAAGCUCUUCGAGCUUUGUCUCGUCUGAGGAUCAUGCGCGAUACGAGUAAGUGUAGAUACUUAAAUCGUUCUUGUCGCUCGUGUGAAGGAUGAAUGGGGCGGGGGGGAGGGGGAGGGACGUCUCGUUCGUUCAUUCUGUGUAGCGUAUGUCACAAUCAUAAGUGUACAUUAACAAAUUAUCAGAAUGUAUAUUACAGUUAAAAAAUUGGUUUUGGACGAUCGGCGUAGACCUAUCCAAUUGCGGCCUCUUAUAAAAGAUGCAUAGUGAAAUAAAACAAAGUCUCGGC